UUACGCCGUGGUCAGAGAGGUUAUAGUUGAAAGUUGACGGAGGAGGGCUCGUGCUUGGAAGCUUCGCGGGAAACGUCCCAAAACAAAUCGGAUCUAGUGGAAACGCAAGCGGCUUCAAACAAAGUUUGAACUUAUAUAUGAAACACCAAUCCGUCAACCACUCUGAUAGUAAAGUCUUCCUCAAACGUGGUACUAAUAUUAUUAAAUAUUACUGUGAAGCUGAAUAAGCUACUUACAUUAGCUAGCUAUUUAGGUAGCUCCAGGCUAACAUAACAGUGCUAAUCUGUGAGCACGAGAGGUUACGGGGAUCCAGACAGCGCACACGGCAGGGUGAAGGACUUGAUAACCGGCGAGAGACAUGGCGGAGAGACCCGAAGAUCUGAACCUGCCCAACGCGGUGAUCACCCGCAUCAUCAAGGAAGCGCUCCCAGAUGGGGUUAAUGUGUCGAAAGAAGCUCGGAGAGCCAUAUCCCAAGCUGCCAGUGUGUUUGUGCUGUAUGCAACGUCCUGUGCAAACAACUUUGCCAUGAAAGCCAAAAGGAAAACUCUGAACGCAGGAGACGUUUUAUCUGCGAUGGAGGAAAUGGAGUUUGAACGAUUCCUGGAACCUCUCAGAGAAGCUCUAGAAGUGUACAAGAAGGGCCAGAAAGGAAAGAAAGAGGUGUCUGAGCAAAAACGUAAAGACAAAGAGAAGAAGACCGACUCUGAGAAUGAUAAGAGCAGGGAAGAGGAAGAUGAGGAGGAGGAGCGCAUGGACGAGGAACCUGAAGCUGAGAAUGAGGCAGAGGAGGAGGAUGUGGAGAACUAAUGACACAAACAAAAAUGCACUCUCGGCGUGUUGCGCUCAAGUGAUUCAGUCAUCAUUGAGCAAAACUGAAUCAAUUCAUCCAGGUUCAGUGAGCCAUGAAUGGGUGGAGGUUCAAUUAUAAAAAGGGCAGCUGCUGUUUUCAGCACAAUGAAACUACAACUACGUCACACACUUCCUGAUAUUUCGUCCUUUUUUUCUAUUUACUUGUUGUGUAUAUAUCUGUCACAUUUUUGAUACAAAUAGUGUUCUUUACAGUAAAGGACAUACAGUAAGAAGUGUCCGUUGACAGAAAGUUAAAUUCAAAGUGACUGAUUCUGGCUCAUUGGACUUAAAUGCAUUGGUUUAUGAGCUUUUCAAUCAAUAUCCUAUGGUGGCUGAUGAGCAAACAUGUUACAACGGCCUACAAACACUUCCAUUAGGAGAAACGCGCUGUUCCUUCAAAAACGAUGCAAAAAAUAAAAUAAAUAUUCCAGAACACAUGCAAAUGAAAAAACAUCUUAACCAACUUGACGACACAUAGGCAGCAUUUAUAAAACCUUCACCAACUUGAGAAAACAUGUGCAGCGUAUACUAAAACUGCAAAAAACAAACACUGGAAACGCCGCAAGAAGCUCAAACAAAACGGAAAUGGGGGACAUUGAAAACUAAGUGAUGUACACUUGGGGAUUAUAAAGUUAUCCAACUGUCUGACACUUGAAGCUUUUUUUCAUUCGAAGCAUUUUGUUUUGCUGUGUUUCUUUGUAAAUGAUGUGCAUGUUUCGUCAAAUUUCCUAAUGGAAGUGUUUCAGGAUGUGUAUUAUUUGCCCGUGAGCUUCCGUUAUAUAUCACGGAGAACAUAGAAUGUAGUUUGAUACAUGUCCAGUUAUGAUCAUAGAAAUGUUUCGAUAGUGGCAGCAUUACUGUGAUACUCUCAAAGAUGAAAAUGUUAACAAACUGCCUAUUAUUUAUUCCAAAAUAAUUAAAAUAAAAAUACAUUCAAAUAGGACAUUUCUUGAUAAAAAAAACCCUGACCUGAAAUUUGACUACUAGCUUUUGGUACGAAAUCAGUUUUGUAUUUUACCAUAACAAGGUGCUUGUACUGAAACUCUCAGACAAAAUACCAAGAGCUUAAUGUACUAAAAGACUUUGUUGAAUUGUUGUGAUGGACUACAUGACCUCAGUAUAAAAAGCUGCACCUCUGUUUUUGUUCAAUUUUUGAACCAUUUAUAUUUUUUUAGAAUUGUAAAUGACUGGAUGAAAUUUUCAAUAAAUCUUUUGUAUUUAAA